CUGUUUUUUUUUUUUUUUUUUUUUUUCUUAAACAAAUGACAAUUAAUGUGAUUUGCGUGUGUUUCUUUACAAUCACGGUUAGUUUAUAUAUUACGGCAAGUUAAAUUCAUUUGAUCAGGACUUUCUGCGUUUAAUGUUAUUAUUAACAACUGUAAUUUUCAAGCAAAGGGUGCGCAUUUGAUAUCCUUGAGAACACACAAUCUCAUUUACAACGUUUUAUUGUUAUACCAUUAUGAGACAAUUUUGCAAAGUCCAACAAAAAUAGUCUGGCGAGAAAUUUUGUUUGCUCACAUUAGAAGUUUCAACAAAAGUAAUAGCACUGCUUUAAAACGGUAAGGUAAACUUCAUAAUGUUUUAUCUUCUCAACUACGCUUCCUUUUCAGCAACAACAGUCACACAUAGACUGCGGACCAUAGGAAAUAUAUCAAGCGAACAGAGAUUGAUGACAGACUUGUUGUGGAAGUACGAGAACUCCGUGCGACCAAUUUACAACUCUUCUAAACCAGUCGAAGUCGCCCUUGGUCUUACAUUAACACAGAUUCUAGACUUGGAUGAGAAAAACCAAGUUCUAACGACUAAUGUGUGGAUGGAAGUGGAAUGGAAAGACGAGAAACUAAUUUGGGACCGCCGGGAUUACGAAGGAACGGAUAAUAUCCGUAUACCUUGCCGACGACUUUGGCUGCCGGAUAUUGUGCUAUAUAAUAGCGUGGAUGACUACACGUCUGGUUACAUGCCCAGCCUUGCUAUGGUAUAUGAUAACGGUCGUGUAUUCUGGGGACCAGUCGUUAGAUUCAGAAGCUCGUGCAAGAUUGAUAUCACCUUCUUCCCGUUUGAUGACCAGGUGUGCUAUCUAAAGUUGGGCUCAUGGGCUUAUAAUGGUUACCAAGUAAACGUCAAUAACCGCUCAGAGACUGUGGAUCUGUCAAACUACGUGGACAAUGGAGAAUGGAAACUGAUUGGCCUUAAAGUUACAAGAAACUCCGUUAUUUACAACUGCUGCAGUGAACCAUUUCCGGAUGUGAUGUUCUUCUUCCGGUUGCGCAGGCGCGUCAAAUACUACUUCAUGAAUAUAAUAAUCCCAUGCAUCAUUUUAUCAUUUCUCUGUCUGGCGGGGUUCUUGUUGCCCCCAGAGAGCGGUGAAAAGAUUACCCUUGGUUUGUCUGUGUUGCUGACGAUUACAGUGUUUAUGCUGAUGGUAGCUGACAAGAUGCCGCAAACUUCUGAAAGCAUUUCGCUUAUCAGUAUCUAUCUGAUGGUCGUGCUAUCAAUGUCCUGUGUGUCCAUCUUACUCUCUGUCUACAUACUUAGUCUCCACCAUCAGCGCGGAAGACCUCGCCGAUGUCCUAAAUUUGUCAAAACCAUAGCUUUUUCCAUUUUCGCGCCAUUACUCUGUUUGAAACUCAGGUCUGCCGGUCACAUGACCGGAAGUUACAAACGACGAGAAAACAAGAGAAAUUCAGAUUUGUUUCAUGGCGAUAAACAGGAAACGAUCCAUCUGGAAGGAAUCAAAGAACAUCCGAAUUUUGAAGACGAAUUUGAUCAUUUGUUGUCCGACACGAGCUUAAAUGGUACGGACCCAGUUUUAAAACAUUACCAGGAGAAGCAAAACUCAGUAAAUGAGUUAAUACAGUGGCUGCACAGGAAACACAAUAUAGAAUGUAUGGAGGACCUGUCGUUUCAAGAAUGGAGGGAUGUGGCCUUUGUUAUAGAUCGUUUUCUGUUUGUUAUUUUCCUUAUUGUGACAAUUGUGUCAACAGUCGCCAUUUUAAGUCUAAGGCCUGAACAGUCACUUAAAGGCUUUACAGAAAUAAAGUUUAAAUAGCUGUUUAAUAUAAUACAAGUAACUGUCUUAGAAUGCAUAAGUGAGCCGCACCACGAGAAAACCAACAUAGUGCAUUUGCGACUAGCAUGGAUCUAGACCAGCCUGCGCAUCUGUGCAGUCUGGUCAUGGCCCGUGCAGUUCGCUUUCAAAGCCUAUUGCACUUAGAGAAACAUUUAGCGAACAGUAUGGAUCCUGACCAGACUGCACGGAUUUGCAGGUUGGUAUGUAUCCACGCUGGUCGCAAAUGCACUAUGUUGGUUUUUCACAUUGCACGGCUCAUAUGUGAUUUGGUAGUUCAUACACAGGAAAUGCAUUUGGACGAAUCUGAGUAUAUGACCAGCUUCACAAAGUCAACCGAGUAUUAACCUCUGAUUCAUCCAUACCUUUGACGUUCUGUUAAAGAAAGAAAUACAGGAUAUUUAAGAAGCAAUUAAAGCUGUCAGUGCAUUACUAAAACAUUUUUGGCUGAGGUCUUUAAGUUUAGGUACAGCCGGUUUGGCCAAACGAUGUGGUUGGUUUCUAAUUUGCUUAUUCGAAAUGGGUUUAUGCUUUCUUUCAUUGUUUUGAGAUUUUUAAACAACAACAUCAGUCUAUCACUGGUUAAUUAAAUGUGCAGAUUGAUAUUUCUGGCUCGAGGGUUUGUUUAGAUGGUAACGAGGCUUUUCCGAGUUACCACAAUUUUUUUUUAAAUAGUUACCCUUGAGCGAAAUAUUUUCAUCUGCGCCUUCUACCAGUGAUACAUUCAUUUGCUUGCAUACCGUAUUAUUUAAGUUAUAGAAGGAAUGAAAUAAAGAAGAAGAAGAAGAAGAAGAAUAUUUUAUUGACUUAAACUGUACACAGUUUCUCGUCAUACAUAUAUACAUAUUACAAUAAACAUAGCUUAACAAUAAGGUCAUAGUUACUGUAAAAUAAAUCAAUAAUUAACAGAUCUAUAGAUCUAUAAUUAUACCAGUAGUUUGUUCACAAGUUAUAUACUGAGCUGUGAGGGUGGUUUUCUUCAAAUUAUAACAAUAAUAUUAACACAUUUUGUCCAUCAUGGUACUCUUACUUUUCUAGCGACUAUAUCUAACUAUCUAUCUAGCAAAAUGUUACCAAAGUAGAUGCUCGAUUUCCAGUCUACAGUAGACAGGCUGCUCGAAUAACCAAUAUAUACUGGUUUUCUCAUGACGCGGCUCAUAUAAAACAUUUUUUUUUUUCAGAAUAAACCCGUAGUAAAUUUUACCAUAUUUGGAACAGUCUACAUCGCCAGUCAAUACACUAUAUCGUAAAUCGAGUCAUUCAAUUUGAUAACGGUUACAUAGUAACACCUCCAAAUAAGGAAAUCCGAUAUCACGGCUCAUACAUAUUAUAACAAUAAUAAUAAAACAAAGGUUUUCUUUAAGCAAUAUUUUAUUAUUGUAGCGUAUGAUUUUAUGCAUUCAUUCAUAAAUUACAGCACGUGAAUCAUCUUACAUCCAAGAAUGUAAGGCGAGAUUUCAAACACGAGGUUUGCCAGUAAUCCGUACAUGUAGUUUACCCUGGGAAAAAAUAAUAUUUAAGUCCAGAAUUAAGUUGGUACGCUCAUGUCUAAUUUGAAGUCAAGAUAUGAUAACUUCCCUUUAUCGGCCGUCACCAAUAGCGCUAUAGCUGAAGUAGUGAAUAAUGACUUCAAAAUAUUUAUAGGUUAUUAGCUUUGUAUCGGGAAAUAUGCACGAGUUCUUCAGCGGAAAUACUGCGCGACUUUAGGAGCGCAAUAUUCUUCCGCUGAAGAACGAGUGCAUGUUUCCCGAUGCAAAGAUAAUAACCUUUUUAUUACUAAUAAACUUUGAUAAUGUGGCAGUUGACCUAAAUCCAAUCAACUCUGUUUAUUUUCCAAUACAGGUAAAUCCAAUGUUUGCUUCACAAUAGAUCUAUGACGGAUUAUCUUUGAACACCCCUGGACUUAUUGGACUCAACUGCCACAUUAUCAAAGUUUAUUAGUACAUACGCAUCUACACGUAUAAAUAUUAUGUAAAUAUCAUAAAUAUGUUCAAUAGCCUGAAUAGGAUUGACAAUACUGAACUAAAUAGAAAAAAAAGUGCAACAACACACACUGAAUUACGUCACGCACCCGAUAUGAAAUUCAGGCGUCAGUGUAUGGAAAAAUAUUGACGUUUCCGGUACCAGUGUAACUUAACGGGGAAUAGAAACGAGUAUGUAAUAAAGAUAUUUAUAAUCGAGACAGUUUACCUGGAGUAAAAGCGUGACAAACGUUUUUCGAUUUUCAUCAUAAAAAGUAGUAACACUGCAAAUUCUCAUAUGUUUCCGUAACAUAAAGUUUGUCAGUAAUUAAGUUUUAAAGCCUUCUUGAGAAAUAUAGCAUUUAUUUCAAUGUAUCUAAAAAUAUUUUCUUUUUGUUGUCGAACGAUCUGGAGGCAUGCCGCUUUAAGUAGAAAAAAAAUGACAGAAUUUUUAGCUUUAAACAGUUGUCAAGCAAGUAUAAUCUAGGUUGAAUGAAAUAUAAUUGGCGACAAUGUAGCAUUUUCACAUAAAUGAGCCACACCAGGAGAAAACCAACAUAUUGCACUUGCGACCAGCAUGGAUCCAGACCAGCCUGAGCAUCCGCGCAGUCUUCUCAGGAUCCAUGCUGUUCACUUUCAAACCCUAUUGCAAUUAGAGAAACCGUCAGCGAACAGCGUGGAUCCUGACCAGAAUGCUCGGAUGCGCAAGCUGGUCUGGAUCCAUGCUGGCCGAAAUGCACUAUGUUGGUUUUCUCAAAUUGGUGCGGCUCAAAUAUGCGUUUAAGUCUACCAGAAAUUUGCACAGCUUGAAUACCGUUUUUCUCGCUUUAGACGCGUCAUGAAUUUAGAUUUUUUUUACCUACUUUCUAUCUACAGUGUAUUUUGUGAUUUUUGCGACAUCUGCGAUAAUUUUCUAAAAUAUUUCACAUGAGUGGCUGUGGCUAAAGAGUUACGGUCGGUCUAAUGUGUCACGUAUUCUAAACGUAAACGUAGUGGAACGUUCUUAAUCACUAUACGUAUUUUAAAAUCGUUUGAAACAUAUACAAGGCAACCUCUGUAGAGCAACUCUCUUCUGGAGAUACUGAUAUUGACUGUUAUGUAGAGGUUGUUGUUCUGGAGAGGUAAAUUAUAUAGUAAAUUUCAGCUUAGGGGAAUUUGAUGAUGUUGUUAUAGAGAGAUUUUUGCUGAAGAGAGGGUCGCUCUGGAGAGGUUGUACUGUAGUUUGUUUUUUUAACUUUUGUUCAUUUUUCAUGGAUUUGAAAAUAAAUAGCACAAUAAUUAUAUUGUAGUCAGCGUCGGAAUUUGCUGGUUACGAUUUUUAUUCUAAAAAAGUACGGACCCUUCGGACACUUUAUAGUUUAUCUGCAUAAUGCGAGUACUAUUUUGGCUAGGAACAAUUACUGUCACAUUCAUUUUGUGAAAACUAUGACUCGUUUUUAACUUUACCCUUAUCAUGCUGGACACGGUUGAUUAUGCCUUCGCCUCCAGUGUAGAUCCUAAUCAGCCUGCAUAUCCAUGCAGUCUGAUCCAGAACUACACUGUUCGAAACUCAGUCUUUAUGGUAAGCACCACUUUUUUACAGUCAAUGGCACUGUCUAACUUGAAAGAUGGACAAGUUCAU